AUGUCCGGAAGCGCUUGCGAAGGAUUUGGUGCAGGUGGCCGGUUGUACGGUGUGACGCAGAUCUCUGUGUCGAACUCCGUCUCCGGCUCUUCCGUUGGCAGAGAAGCUGGAACAUCCGGGGCCGGAACCUCCGGGGCCGGAACCUCUUCUUUUCUUGUCUUCUUGCUCGGGGAUGUCUGGUCUAAAGUUAUACAGCUUAAUGUUGCAGAGACCAUUGAGUACCGCUUUUUUGUUGGGCGUUUUCUGGAAUGUGACAAAACUGAAAAUGGAGUUGAGCUGACCAUUGUCCGGUGGGAAACUCCUCUUAAUGCACGUUGUCUUAAAGUGAAUGGUCCUCUGUCAUUGCCAGUUGCCGAGUUUGGAAACUUUAAUGGGUUCAACAUGGUCACCAGUGGUUGGCUGACUGGACAGACAUGUAUGCAGCUUCGUAUCCAUGACGAUCCCAUUGUGAUGUGGAAGUCACGCUACAGAAAUCAAAUGUACCGCAUAAAGUGUGUGCCUAUGGAUUACAGACCAAACAAGAUGUCACACUCGGAUGUAGAAGAAGACAGCAUAGAUGGACCUUUAUGUUCAAGCACAAGAACCACAGUUUUGGUAUUAAAUGAUCGUGAAUAUAAUUCGGGUUCUCAGGAUGCAUAUGGAACUGUGUUCAACAAUGAAGACUACCUUGUUUUCAAAGUACAGUCAUUUAACUGCCAGCAUCUUGGCUUUCAGUUGGAAUUUUUCGUGCAUGACCCCAAACUUCCUCCAGAUGAGGCACCCAAGUACAUUGGAUUUACUCACAUUCUACCUUUGGAGCAGCAGAGAUCUUUAGGAGUCCGACUUCGACUUCCCAUAAUGGGUCUUCGACACAAACCAAUUGGUGAAAUUUAUAUUGAUUAUUUACUAAUCAAACCUUUCACGACACACAAGUGUUACAUGGAUGUGUCCUACCAGGGCCACUGGGGCAUGAAAGGGAAAACACUCGACAUCGGACAUCGUGGAAUGGGAGUGUCACAAAAACACAUAGAACUGGUACAUGAAAAUACUCUGGCAUCAUUUUCUGCUGCAGCUAUUCAUGGUGCUGAUAUGGUGGAAUUUGAUGUUAUGCUAACAAAAGACCAUGAACCACUUGUGUUCCAUGAUUACACUGUUCACCUUUCGUACAAGAAGGGCUUUGAUGAAGAAGCACAGUUGUUUGAAAUACCCAUAAAGGAUCUCACUCUUGCACAGUUACAUUCUAUGAAGUUAUCUCAGCCUUGCUGUGUUGCCGGAUCGCAGAUUGAUCUGUCAAAAGAAAACGACGAGCAAAAAAAGCCAUUUCCCACACUGAAGCAGGUUUUGUUGGAGGCUGACAAACGGCUGGCCUUUUUCAUGGAAGUAAAACAUCCACUUACGGUCGAGAGUGGAAAGGUUGAGUUGGAUCAGUAUUUUGACCACAACCUCCACAUUGACAAGAUUUUAGAGGUUGUCUUCAAUUAUGCAGGGUCAAGGAAAAUAGUCUUUGCCAGCUUUGAUGCUGAUGCUUGCAUCAUACUUCAGCAGAAGCAGAACCGUUAUCCAGUUAUGUUUUUGACCUGUGGACAGACUGUGCGCUGGGAACCAUACAAAGAUUUCCGUUGUAGAAACUUUCCAGUUGCAAUCAGCUUUGCCCUGUCAGAAGGACUUAUGGGCGUGGGUUUGAACCUGGAAAUUGUUCUUCAAGACAAAGACAUGUCGGUGAUGAAGAAGGCUCAUGAAACCGGACUGGUGACCUUUGUGUGGGGAGAGGAGGCCAACAACAAGGAAAUGAUCAAGCAGCUCCGGCGACACGGUGCAGACGGCAUCAUAUACGACAGAAUUGAUUUCCACAGACCUCGUGAUAAUGUUCAGUUUGAGUUGGAAGACACCACCAACAAGACAUUGAUGAAGGAGUUUAAAGAUGUGGGUCAGAUCUCGAAGUAGUUCUGUCGAGUUCAAACAUCUAUUUUGGGCUUGGCUGUAAUGAGUAGUGAUACACAAAUAUAUUUGUUUGAUGUCGCAAAAUAUUUGUUAGCCUUCAUAAUAAGGGUUUGAAAUAUUAACUAUUGUUGAAAAACAGAUUAUUUUAUCUCUAUGCAUUGAUUAGGCCUUUAAAAAGAUUGUUUCUGGGAACCCAACUAUACAUAGGAAAAAAGAACAAAGUUAAACCUUUUUUAUUUAAUGUGUUUUUAAUUUGGCUUUUAUUGACAUGUAGGUGAAAAGAAUACAUACAUAACAUUUUGUCUGUACCCAUAGGGUGAAUGUAGUACAAUAAAAAGGGAAAUUAAAAAAAAGAGAAGACUACCUGGGUGUUUUUGGCACGUUCCUUGAAACACUUUUUUUUUUCAGUUGCUUUUUGUAGUUGGUGCAAAACUUGUGUGAGAAACAUUUGCUCAUUUGGAUAUUUAGUAUAUAUAUAUAUAUUUAUAUUUUAUAUAUAUAUAGAUAUAUAUAUAUAUAUAUAUAUAUAUAUGCAGAUAUCACUUUGUUACAUGCAAUAUUUAUACCAGUAGUUCAAUUAUUUAAACAUGUUGUCAUAAUAACUGUUUUAUGCAGGAGAUCAAAUCUUGUGUUGUACUAGAUAUAAGCCAGUAGAAUUAACUUUUGUUGAGAAUUGCAUGUGUUGCACAUAUUUGUUGCAUUAUUUUCUCAGUUUGAAUAUAUGUGUAUGAUGUACCUAUAACAAUUUUAUUAUCAUAGAAAAACAAAGAAGUCUUUUCCAUCAGUAAAAUAUGUUUUAAAACAACAAUUGAACCACAUGGACCAACAUUUUAUUUUAAUCAUCUAUUUAUUCAUUUUUACUUAAGAAAAUACCUGCACAGUUUUAGUAAAUUGGUUUGAAAUUUGAGUUAAAUUCAUUCCAGAGAUGUUAGAAUGAAAUAGUAAUUUUGGAUAACAAUUUUGUUUUUGUGCCCGGUGAUAUGUGUUCUGGUAUUAUUUUGGGAAUCCCACGUUUCUGGUUGUAAGCACUGCUGAAAAUACUGCAAAAUUGAAGUUCAUAGAAAAAUGUAUAUCGGUUUUUCUUUUAAGUCAUGUGAUACCAGUUUUACCAGUCCAUGCACUAAUAAGAAAAGAUUGUGAACAGAUUGGAAUUACGAUUUCCUAAUUUGCAGUGUUCGACAAAUGUUUGAUAAAAUCACUAGCCAUCACAGAGGCUUUGGCUAGUGCCCUAUGUAGUAUACUGUAUAAUACUUUAUUUUCACGUGGAAUUUAUUUUCGCGUUUUUCGCGUGUGAAUGAAAUUCGCGAAAAUAUAUUCUACGUGAAAAUAAAGGCCGACUAAAAAAACAUAGUCUCGUUCAACUAUAACUCAUUAGUUUCUAAUUAUCGAGGCUAAUAGUAACAAUGCAAUGUCCCUCCUGUCAUGGAAAAAAACAACACAAAACACAAAAUCUGCUUAAAACUUUAAAUCAAGAACACGAUGCAAAGUACAUACAUGAUAAUAAAACAAUACUAACAUUAAAAAGCUUUAUGCCGUUUUCCUUCGCAAGUGCUAGCGAUCAGUUCAUCAGAUAGUGACUACACGUGUUGAACAACGGAAGUUACACAUGUUAAAAUGUGGAAUUGAAAAAAUCCGGACUAGGCUUAUCACAGAUAUUAUUGAUAGAUGUUCAGAUUCAAAAUGUUAUUUUUAUUUGUCACAAAGGCCUGCAAGUCUGAAGCCUGUUCAUAUUAAAUCCGUUUUUCCUUUCAUAGUUUCUGCCUGUUCGGUGGCAUUAUUGGCAGCUUCAAAAGAUAUCGCUUGUUCUGCAGACAAACAUUCUUUAGGAUUUGGUAAACCCGAUAAUUUUGGUUUCUGAACUGUAUUCAGUCACUUGAACAACGACAUUUUAGAACUUUACCAAUGCAGAUACAUUUUCGAAAUGAAUGUAAGCGCUACAUUCAUAAUGCACGUCGCGACUUUACACUAAAGAUUUUGCCUGUUAGCCAAUCACAAAUCGUUUUUAAUUAGUAUUUUGACGGCAAUUUAUUACUAGUAUUGUUACCAAUCAAUCGUUUCGUUUUGUUUUCGGUUUCGGUUUUUACAACAAUUAUGAGGAUUAUGGAAAAACUACGGUCAGCACCUUCUCUUAAGUUUAUAAGCUUGUAAAUAAUAAAAGUCUUGAUUGGUUCAAGUAGGAAAACUGUUGUUUUAUGGUUUUACUCAUUACAGCAGAUCUCUACUGUGUACAGUAGGCCUACUCGUGUGUGCAUAUUAUGGGGUUUGUUCUACAGAUUAGCCUCACAACCGGUGAACCGGCAAAACUAAGUUCCGUUUUCAAAUCAAAAUUAUUCAUAUCAGUACUACUACUUCUAUUUUUUUUCUUUUUCUUUUCUGUUUUUUUUUUUUUAGGGGUUGGGGGAUUCGCGAAAAUAAAUGUUCGCGAAAAUAAAGUAUUAUACAGUAGUAAUACAGUUGUUAAUUUCCACUAACCCAGACCAAAAAUUAACUAACUAGGACCAAGGGCUAGUGGAUUUGUCAAACUCUGCAAUUUAAUGUUAAGUUAUUUGGCAAAUUAGUGAAUGAUGCCUUACACUCUGUUAGUAUUGUUCUCGGUUGAAGUCGCUUUUUUAGCACUGGUUACAGAACGACUAUAGGUUUCAUCUUAAUAAGAAAACAAAUGCAGGUUUAUUCAACAUUUCAUUUCUUAAAAUCAUAAACAUAUAUAAAAGAACAAAUGGUGUAAGUUUUAGAGAAGACAUAUAGCCUAACAAAAGUGAAAAGAACUCUUUAAUUUCAGCAUCACCAUACCACACUUUCACUUGUACAGUUCUUUUUUCGAUAGGUGUGGGGUGUACUCCAUUGUGGCCAUAUAUUUCAGCACUAUUCUCAGUUAGCUGCUAAAAGAGAUACUCCACCACGACAGACAUCCACGUAAUACAACAUUGAGGGGAGUGAUUAAUUGCUACCCUAACUUUGAGCCAUUUAAGAUGCCAUCAUAUUGAGCAUUGAUAUUUAAUGCUUUUGUAGUUUGUACUGUUGUUUUUUAAAUUUACAUGCCAAGGGGAGCUAUAAAUGACUGUACUUGAACUAGUCGUAGAGAAGUGAUGAGGAGUCAGAGUGAUAGCUCCCCUUAAAUGGCAAAUUCUGUCACUGAGGUUAUAACAUAAAUCACGAACAAGUGAUGAAAACAAUAAAUUAAUCAUAGUAUAGGGAUGUCAGCAUAAACGAUAAUGACAUAUAGCCAAUCGUAAACUAACCAUAAAAUUCUCACUUAUUUUUCCAUCCUGCAUUUAUUUUCUUCUAAUAGCUUACAUGUUUUUAUAAAUGUCCACCAGCUGACCAGUUGCAGAAAUUAUUGGUUGAGUUGUUGCAGAUUGGUACUUUCUGAAGUGAGUCCAGAUGUUAUAAAUGUCUCCAAUCUCUAUGCAUUUACAGUAUGUACUCGUUUAUUAUUUCUUUUCAAUAUGACAUGUGUGUGUUUACAGGUGUUCAAAAAUAUGAUGACAAAUUGUAAUAUUUAUCUCCCCAUUUUUUUGUACAUAGAUCAUAUUCAUUUCAACAAGUACCUAUGCAUUGCUUCAAUAAUCAACAGGCUACAAUUUGUAGCUCAACUGAUUUUGUUUUGAUAUUUUGAUCUUGUGGUACAAUGUAUUGAGAAUAAAUAUAUUUUAAAUAUUUACUGAUCAAUGUUGGACAUCUUAAAUGAUGUGUUUAAUAGGGUAAACCUGUAUUCACAAAUGGCUGGCUAUUUAUUCUGGACCUACCAGUGUUUCUGCCAGAAAGACAUUUUUGGGUAUGGCGCUAUGGAAUUGAGUGCAACCACAGUCGACGGGGUAUGAGGGGCUCUCCCAGAAAGAAAAUGGGUUACUUUAGGGUUAGGGUUAAGAAAAUCAUACAGUAAUUAAUUUUGUCAAAUGGUUAACUUAAAAGAGAAACAUUUACAAAAACAUUUGGGUAUGGCACCAUACCCGUUUUACCCUCUGGCAGAAACCCUGGUUACCACUGAGGGCUUUUCCAGCAGUGAUCACAUUGAGGUGGGGGAUCGUGGAUAACAGGUGUUUGUUUAUUUUUUUCUUCCCUAUUUCUUUCCCUCCAUCCCUCCGACUAUUCUUCUGCUGCAUGCCAAAGUCAUGUCUAUAUAUCCUGACCAUGUAUAAAAUAAAACACUAUUCAAGGCAAAAAAAC